GAUGAGCAAAGAAUUCACGCUUCUCGAAAAUUAAAUUCCUUUCUCUUUAACAUGAAUUUCUUUUUUUACGUACAAAAAAUAAAAGUUUUCUUAAUCAAAUUAUAAUUAAAUCCAAAAUAAGCAACGCCUAAUUUCUAUUGUUUUUCCGCUCCACUUUCUCUUUCUAGUACUCUGAAAACACAAGCCCUAAAUUCUCUAUCUGUGAGCAAAAUUUUCCAUCGUUGAAAAAUCAUCGACUUCACUCGCAGCCUGACGUGGCUAUUUUGAAUACACAGAAGACAUCGACAUUUUUUAUUUGAAAAUUUAUACCCCCAGUAACCACCAAGCCCUCUGAUCACACCAAUCUUUGCAUGCACAAAUCGCUAGCAACGACGACUAGUCAAUCUAUGUUUAGUGAUGAGAUUAGGCGUUAUUAUUUCUCUGGAUGCGUGGUAUUAGGAACAGGAUAAAUGCAUGUGACCGGGGAUUUUGGGUUUUCUAUCCUGGUCCUUGUGUCUAGUUUAGUUUUUCCGGUGAUCGGCUUUUUUAUCCGCCGGAAAUGGCGGCUUUCUAUAGCCAGAAGGGAGGAGAUCAAAAGGCUGCUGAUUUUGGCCUCCGAGGAGGCUGCUAGAGCGGAGCUCGAGGCGACUAUUGGGUACGGUGCCGUUUCAGUUCCGCAGUAUCCUCAAUGCGCUGUUUGUUUCUCUCCCACCACCACGCGCUGCGCCCAGUGCAAAGCGGUUCGUUACUGUUCUGGUAAGUGCCAAAUUAUUCACUGGAGACAAGGCCACAAGGAUGAAUGUCAUCCUCCCAGCAUCACUCAAGACAAUAAUGAUAAAGGUGCCAAUUCUACCGGCCAGGAGCAACGUGAAAUUAAAGUUGACAAAUUUAAGUUUGAAGGCAGACGGCCUCCAACAUCAAUUGAUACAACAUCUGAGGAAUCUGCAAUGUCUUAUACCAGUACCUCUCCUGAAUUCCCCUAUGGGAAGGAUGAUGAACGGCCUCCAAUAUCGAUUGAUACAACAUCUGAGGAAUCUGCAAUGUCUUAUACCAGUACCUCUCCUGAAGUCCCAUAUGGGAAGGAUGAUGAAGUAAAAGUCGAGCUUCAUGCAGAUGGGGAAGGAGUUAGAUCUACUUGUGAAUAUUCUGAUACUUCAUUCUCUGGAUUCUCUGCUUCCCAUACAAGCAAUGAAUCAUCUGAUGAUGUUUCUGCCUGUGAGAGCAUUAGUUCAAACGAGUCUGAGAAACUGGAUGGACCUCUAUCUGCUGGUACCUCUGUUGAUAUGCUUGAGACUGUUUCCAUUGUCAAGAAUCUGGAUAAUAGCAAGCCAUUAUCCCCUAAAUUUGCUAGUUUGGUUGAUUCUGUCAAUAAUUUCACUAAUAUUGAUAAAUUAAGUCAGAUUAAACUUGGUGGUAGUGGAGAGGAUCAGUGCACAUCAAUUAGUUCUUCAGGUUUGAGAAUUAGUCGCAUGCAUGAGGGUUCAAAUGCUGAAAAUCAAACAGUGUCUUCUGGUUUCUGGGGUAGAACUCUGGAGUCCAGAACAGAUGCCUGUGAUGAUUCUUCUUUGUCCAAUUCCCCUUCGUGUUUGUCGAAUUUGUCCCCUUCCCCCUCAUUGUCUGCCAGGGGCUCUGAGGUGAAAGGGAUUGUAUCAGAUGAUGCUCUUCCUGCAGCUUCAGGAAGUCCCAAAGAUGGAGCAGCUAAAACUAGUAAUGUUGAUUUUCCAGAGGUCAGGAGCUUCUCAUCCUUGAACUGCAAAUCAUCCAGUCUUGCAGUAAAUGGCACUAACAUUGGUUCACAUGCAUCAAAGUCCCCAGAAGUGAAAGCUUCACUAUCUUUGUCUUCUCAUGUUCCUCUGUCUUCUAGUGCUAGAAAAGAUUCAACAAGUGUGGAUCCUUCAAAUAUCAGUAGCUUGCAAUCCUCUAUCUCUGAAAAGUCAAAUAAUGUGAUUAAUGACAAUGUGGGCACUUCACAUCAUGUUGAAGAACAUUCAGUUCCAAGUGUGAGAUCUGACAGAAUCAAUGAUGUUCAGGCAAGCUCUCCGUUUAUCUCUGUGGCUGAGAGCUGCUCUUCAAAUGAUAAGAAUGGAUUAAAAACGUCUCUAUGGAAAGCUGUCAAUCAGUUCACAGGAUCUAAAUCAUUGAACCAAUCUCCAUAUGGGGUUGUAAGUGAGACUGCUGGAAGAUACAGUGACAAGGGCCUAUUCUCAUAUGAAUUGUUUGUCAAACUAUAUAAUUGGAACAAGGUCGAACUGCAGCCAUGUGGCCUCGUAAAUUGUGGGAAUAGCUGUUAUGCCAAUGCUAUUCUUCAGUGCUUGACAUUUACUCCUCCUCUGACUGCUUACUUUCUUCAGGGACUCCAUUCCAAAGAAUGUGUUAAGAAAGAAUGGUGUUUUACCUGUGAGUUUGAAAAUCUAAUAUUGAAGGCAAAAGAAAGAAAAUCCCCUUUGUCUCCCAUUGGGAUUUUAUCACAACUUCAAAGUAUGGGAAGCCAACUUGGUAAUGGGAGAGAAGAAGAUGCUCAUGAAUUUCUAAGGUAUGCUAUUGAUACAAUGCAAUCUGUAUGUCUUAAGGAAGCUAUGGUUAAUGCUUCCAGCCCUUUGGAAGAGGAAACAACCCUCAUAGGCCUUACAUUUGGUGGCUACCUUAGAUCGAAGAUAAAAUGCAUGAAAUGCCAAGGCAAGUCAGAACGACAGGAGAGGAUGAUGGAUCUUACUGUUGAGAUAGAAGGGGAUAUAAAAAGCCUGGAAGAGGCUCUUCGACGAUUUUCCGGUACAGAGAUUCUGGAUGGGGAAAAUAAGUACCAAUGUGGAAGAUGCAAAUCCUAUGAAAAGGCCAAGAAGAAGUUGACAAUACUGGAGGCUCCUAAUAUUCUUACAAUUGCAUUAAAGCGUUUUCAGUCUGGUAAAUUUGGAAAGCUCAAUAAAUCUAUUCAGUUCCCGGAAAUUCUGGACCUGGCACCAUAUAUGAGUGGAACAAGUGAUAAGUCACCUAUUUAUAGGCUUUAUGGAGUUGUGGUUCACUUGGAUGUUAUGAAUACUGCGUUUUCUGGACACUAUGUGUGCUAUGUAAAGAGUAUCCAAAACAAGUGGUUUAAAAUUGAUGACAGCACGGUAACACCUGUGGAAUGCGAAAAGGUGCUAACAGAGGGGGCAUAUAUGCUCCUUUAUGCAAGGUGCUCUCCCAGGGCUCCUAGAUUGAUAAGGAACAGAAUAAUUUCACAUGAUCUGAAAAGUAAAGUGAUUCCUUCCUGGGUAACUGGAAACAGCACUACAUCAAAGUUAAGAUCCUCUUCCACACACUCUAGCAUUCAGUUUUACCCUAGCUCAAUUCCUCCUGAUGGUCGGGCUGGCAUUGAAUCUUUUUAUUCAAGAUUUCACCAACUCCAAAAGAUCUUCGAAGAAGAUUCCAGUGACAGUUCAUCGCUUAUUAGCAGCAACUCCGAUGAAGGCUCCUGCAGCACUGAUAGCACUCGGGAUUCUUCCAGCGCUGAUGACAUUUCUGAUUGUAUGUUUGGGGAGUCAGGAUGUGGUUGGAAUAGUCCUUGGAGGAAUUCUUCUGAUUCCGACGCCUCUUCAUUGUCCUCUUCCUCACCUUUGGCAUCAAGGCAUUCAACCUUUUCUAACUCAAACCGAGCCAAUCUCACAGGAUCUGGCAUGGUAGGUGUUGGUCAUAGUAGGAGUAGCAAGCCGGUGGAUUCAGAAGGUAGGGGAAAUAUAUCGAUUUUGCAUUACGACACAACUAAACAGUGUAGAAAUUUAGCUAGUAGUAGUUGUAGGGAGACUGACUCAGAAAGCUUAGGACGGGUUAGCCCUUUAAAUGCUGUAAAAUCUGAGGUAAAUUUUAGAAAAACACCCAAGGAAAGUACAGACUAAGGCAUCUUUAUUUAAAGGUAAUGAGUUAAAAGGGGGGUGGGGGGUAAAUACGAAUAGGGGAGAGGCUGUAUGUGAUGUACUGCUGUAGCUGGCCUUGUUUGAAGAAUGAGCUAUCACCAUUUUGUCCAUGUCUUUCCCUUUUAAUAAAGUGAUAUAGAAAUCUUUAUAAAAAGAGUGUACAGUUGGAAAGGGAGUUCCCAUGGUGGAGACCCUGAAGUAGUGUAAAUCUAGUUAACUCUUCGUAACGUUCGCCAAGAAUGAAUAAGACUUCUACUAUUUUGGGUU